CAACGGGGCGAAGCGGCGGGGCGGCGGUUCGAGGUUGGCGGCGCCGGGCCGGAGCGCUGCGAGCGAUUUUGACAUUUCUAUUUGAGUUCUGAAGGAACAUCCUGAAGUUUCACAGCUAAGCUGUGUGCGGAUGGACAAGGCACAGCUGGAACUGGACUUGGCAAAGGGGUGCAAAGAAGUAAAAGAAAGGCUUCUGCACCAACCUGACAUCUGGUACAUCAACCAGAAGAGGGUCUGCUGAGAAUUACCAUGCUCUUCUACCUCUCAGUGGAUCUCAAAAUACAUGUAAUUCAGAGGAGACCGGUGACCAUCCUGCUCUGUUAUGAGGAAACAUCCAGCAACCUCAGGCUAUCUGGAAGAAGAUUUCUCUAAAAAAAAAAAAAAAAAAAAAUCAAAAGGCAAAAAAAUCCUUCAAAAAUACAGAAGACAUCCAGAACUUCAUAAAUUAGUAAUUGUAGUUGGAUAAGAAAAAAUGAACCGUUACACAAUCAUGAAGCAGCUGGGUGAUGGCACCUAUGGCAGUGUGUUGAUGGGAAAGAGCAAUGAAUCAGGAGAGCUUGUGGCCAUCAAACGAAUGAAAAGGAAGUUCUAUUCAUGGGAUGAGUGCAUGAAUUUGAGAGAAGUCAAGUCCCUGAAGAAGCUAAAUCAUGCCAAUGUAAUAAAAUUGAAAGAAGUCAUAAGAGAAAAUGAUCACCUUUACUUCGUGUUUGAAUACAUGAAGGAAAAUCUCUAUCAAUUGAUGAAGGACAGAAACAAGUUGUUCCCUGAGUCAGUCAUCAGAAACAUGAUGUAUCAGAUACUGCAAGGGUUAGCUUUCAUCCAUAAACACGGAUUUUUUCAUAGAGACAUGAAGCCUGAAAACCUUCUUUGUAUUGGUCCAGAACUUGUAAAAAUAGCUGAUUUUGGUUUGGCUAGAGAGCUGAGAUCUCAGCCACCGUAUACAGAUUACGUGUCCACCAGGUGGUACCGUGCUCCUGAAGUUCUGCUGCGGUCAUCCAUCUACAGCUCACCUAUUGACAUAUGGGCAGUUGGCAGCAUCAUGGCUGAAUUAUACACACUGAGACCCCUUUUCCCAGGCACAAGUGAAGUAGAUGAAAUUUUCAAGAUUUGCCAAGUAUUAGGGACUCCAAAGAAGAGUGACUGGCCAGAAGGAUACCACCUCUCUUCUGCCAUGAAUUUCCGUUUCCCACAGUGCGUCCCUAUCAGUUUAAAAACUCUCAUCCCAAAUGCAAGCAGUGAAGCCAUACAGCUUAUGAGUGAUAUGCUGAACUGGAAUCCAAAGAAGAGACCUACAGCAAGCCAGGCACUGAAGUACCCUUACUUUCAAGUUGGCCAAGUUUUAGGACCUCCCCCACAAAAUUUGGAGAAGCAGACUCCUGUUAAACCAGUGCAGCCAACAGAACCAAAGCCAACUUUACCCAAACUGGAAGCUGUAUCCAAGCCAGAGCCUCUGUCUUCACCUGAGGAACCUGACAAAACACAGCCACAGUCUCUGUCAAAGGCUAAUCACCAGCCUCUCCAGCAAAUUCAGGUGCCCCAGAAUACAGCUAACCAGCAAGUAUCAAAACAGCAGCAGACACAGGUGCAGCCAUUUUUUCCAGCUAUCAAUAAAGACUCAUCUGGGAAACAAGCAGCUCAGAAUGGCACAGUGGGUGCUAAAAGUUGCAGGAGACGAUGGGGUCAGACUUUGACAAAGGCUGUGGACAGCUGGGAUGAAUUGGACGAUGCUGAAUUUGGAAUGUCGUGUUCAAAGAAGCCUAGCAUUGCACUGUUAAAAGAAAAGAAAAACAAGGAAUGUCUCUUUAGUGUGCCAGAACCAAAAGCUUCACACUGUACCCAGCCAGGAGCAGAAAAUAAAGGUGUAAUGAGAAAUGAUUCUGGAAGAUCCAAUACAACAGCAAAACAGUACUAUCUAAGACAAUCAAGAUACCUGCCAGGUGUAAACCCUAAGACUGUCUCUUUAGUAGCAAUCAAUAAAGAAGGAUCUCAUGGAACCUGGAACAACCAGUUGUUUUCCAAGCCAUUGACACAUGUUGGAGAAGGAUUGCCUUUCAACAGAAAUAAUACAGAAGAGAACUUAAUUACACCCAUUGAAAAGCUAUCAUGCAAAGAAAGUUUGAAUGAAAAAUUAGAGGAUCCAAAAGGAAAUUCUGACUUUGUGGGAGGCGCUGCUUACAACCCAUCAGGAGGAUACAUCCCUUCCUUUCAUAAGAAAGAAGUUGGAUCAGCUGGACAACGGAUACAGCUGGCUCCUAUUGCUCCAUCUGUAUCUGAUUAUUCCUGGAAAACCAAAGCUGCUCGUGCUCAGUUAGCAGGUCCUACUUACAAUUCAGCAAAAAGCAUGAAUAUUUUAACUCAUGCACCAACAAUUCAGCCAGUCCAUGGAAGAACAGACUGGAUGGCUAAGUAUGGAGGACACAGAUAGAAAAUACCAUCUUGAACGAGGCUCACAUGAUACCUGCACAGUUCUCCUGCCUGAAAUGCCUAUCUGCUCUAAUCUUUCCUAAGACCUAUGCAACAGUAAAGACAGAAACAGACAACUUUGUGUUCUACUAUCUAUGGACACACACCAAAAAAAUCACAUUAUUUAAAAUACUGGCUAUUAAGUAGGAUUUCAUUAAGUAUUGUACAACACAUCUUGCCAAAUUUAUCACGUAUUUAGAAGUAAUGAGAAGUAGAUUUCACCUGGCACUUUCCUAUAGAAGACUUCCUAUCAGCACAGUCUUAAAAACAAGAGCUUUAAUUUCUUGCCCUAUGCAAAAGUCCACCACUGUACAUGAAAGCAGCUUAGGUCACAAGCAGCUAGAACUGGGGCUAAAGCAGAACAGCUCCAGGCUCCCAGCUGAUACACUGGUUCCUUCUGGGAAAUAUCAAAGUGAAAGCACAGACUGGGCUUUGUGAAGAACAUCAGUGUCCUCCAAGGAUUUCAGAACUCGCUUGUACCUAAAGAGUUGCUCAGGGUCUGUAAUGUGUAAAUAAAGUGAGAACUCCUUGUAGCUGGACAGAAGCAAUAUAGUGACAAUUCCUGCUCCUGGAAGCUCUGAAAAUACAUCCCAGUAGCAACACUGGAAAACAGCUAAGCAAGUACUGAAUGCUGCACUUACCUCACUGAGCUGUAGUGAAACUUAAAACCAGACUGUACUGUUAAAAUUAGCUUAUGACCACUUUCAGUUGAAGAUCUGUGGAGAAUUACAUCUCCCUUGUCAAAGGUAUAUCACAGCAACAUUUUAAGGAAUCCAAUCCCAGUCUCAUCAGCUGUUCUAAAGGUGAAUUUAAAAAGGCCUAAGUGGUUGGUAACCGUCUUACUGGGUGAUGACACGAACCAGACUUCUUCAUAACUCAAAGAAGCCCUGUGAAUCAUGUGAGGGAGGAAAUAAAGCUGCUUUUCUAAGAAGUUACUUUCUCUUUUAGAUCUUUAAAGCCAGCUUAAGUCCUGUAUGUAAGACCACAUACAAGCUUUAACAAUGCAAUACCUCAAUGUUUAUAUGCUCACGUCAUACUUUCCUUGGCACCUAUGCUAAGUUUUACAGAAAUAUCUUGCAAAGGGCAUUGCAGUGUACAAUAAAUAUAUUUUUUUAAUGUUGAUCUAGGCUACUUCUGUUCACAGCUGCGUUUAGAAUAGAUGUUU